AUGGAUGGCCUGGAACAAGCGUUUGAAUGGAUCCAGGCCAAGGGCGCGCGGGCCACGCGCGCCGACUAUGCCUCGCUGCUCAAGCGCUGUGGCGUCGCUAGGGUUCUAGAUUUCGCCAGGCGCGCCUACGAAUCCAUGGCGCGCAGCCGGCACCACGACGAGCUCUCCCUCCGCAAUCUCUCCAUCGAGAUGUUUGGCAAGUGCGGGGACAUCGAGGUGGCCAGGGAGAUUUUCCACGGCCUGUGGCGCCCAAAUCUCUUCUCCUGGACGAUGAUCCUGGCGGCCUGCGCUCGCAAUGGCCGGAAUCUCGAGGCGCUGCUGCUCGUCCGCCGGAUGAUUGGCGAGGGAGCGCGACCGGAUGUGGUGUGCUUCGUGACGAUCCUGGAUUUGUGCGCGGCCACGGCGGAUUUGGAGCAAGGUAAGGUCGCUCACGCCUGGAUUCUUGCCUGUGGUGUGGAGUCGUCUAGUAGGGUUCUUGGCAAUGCGCUGAUCAACAUGUAUGGUAAAUGCAGGAAUCUGGAUCUCGCUAGAGCGCAGUUUGAUCGGAUGGAGCACCAAGAUCACGGGAGAGAUGUUGUGACUUGGAACUCGCUGCUUGCGGCAUUUACCCACAAUGGGUAUUUGGAGGAGGCUGCUCGGUUGUUCCAAGAGAUGGAAGUCGAAGGGAUCAAGCCCAGCAGCGUGACUCUCACAUGUGUUCUUGAGUCUUGUAGCGGCGAUCGCCAAGGUAAGCUCUUUCACGAUCGAGUUCUCGAUCUCGGACUCCAAGGGGACGAGUUUCUCAUGAAUUCUCUCGUGAAGAUGUAUGCCAGGUGUGGGAGACUGGAAGAGAGCAGGCUGGUUUUCCGAGCGAUCGAUCAAAAGGAUAUCAUUUCCUGGAACGUGAUGAUCUCGCUGGAAGCUCGGCUGGGAAGCAGCGAAGAGGCGGUUGAGCUGCUGCGAGAGAUUGAUCUGGAGGGAUUUCCAGAGCCGGACGAGGAGCUCGUUUCCAGCGCUGGCUUUGACGACGAUCUCCUCCUUGGCAACGCUGUUGUCAACAUGUUUGGGAAGUCCGGCUGCUUGGAUGCUGCUCGAGCAACUUUUGAUCGAUUGCCAGUCAAGAAUGUGGUCUCCUGGAACUGCUUGAUCUCGGGUUACGCGCAGAACCUCCAGGGAAGAAGAUGUCUGGAGCUUUUCAGGCAGAUGGAUCAAGAGGGUGUCAAAGCCAACUCGGUCACCUUUGUCAGCCUUCUCGACGCGUGCUCUACAAUCCCAGCUCUUGACUUUGGACGAGAACUCCAUCUCCGGAUCACUGCUGCCGGAUUGGAACUACACACGGUGGUGGCGACUGCGCUGAUCAACAUGUAUGGCAAGUGCCAGGAGCUCCAACUCGCACAAGAACUACUCGAGAGAUACCAGUCGACGGGACUAGUGGCUUGCAACGUCAUGAUCUCGGCGUAUGCCCAAGUUGGGCAUAGCGAGAGAGCUAUGGAGUUUCUCCAAGGAAUGGAUCUCGCAGGUGUCAAGGCCGACGUUGUGACUUACAUUGGAGCGCUCGAGGCGUGCGCUUGCUCCAAGGAUUUUUCCAAAGGUCAGGCUGUCUACGAUCGGGUUGUGAGCACCGGCUGGAUCUCGCAGCUCGUCAUUGCAAACUCGGUGAUCAACAUGCUGGGAAAGAGUGGACGGGUUUUGGAAGCCGCCAUUGUCUUCGAUCGGAUGGAAAAGAGAGACAGCGUCACGUGGAACGCGAUCGCUGCUGCAUAUGCCCAGAACGGGCAUCCGCUGGAAGCGCUGGAAUUGUUCUGGAGAAUGCAGCAGCAGGGUGUUCGAGCACAGGAGGCGACGUUUGUGACGAUCUUAGAUGCUUGCGGCGAUUCCAGCUCGUUGCUCGCCCAUGGUCGAUCGAUCGCGAAGCUGAGUUCUUGGACGUCCGACGCGAUCAAAGGGGCGCUGCUGGGAAUGUACUCCAAGUGUGGCUGCGUGGACGACGCGCUGGCAGCGCUCCAGAGCUUGUCCUCGCGGGGGCUGCUGGCGUGGACGUCCAUGCUGGCGGCCUACGCCCACGUCGGACGCGCCAGCGAGGCACUGCGCGUGCUCGGGCAAAUGCAGCACGAUGGGGUGGUGCCCGACGACGUGGCAUUUUCUGCCGUGGUGUUUGCAUGCAGCCACGCUGGACUCCUCCACGAGGCGCUCGUACGGCUGGCGUGGGUGUCCGGGGAUUACGGUACGGCCAUGGGCGCUGGGCUGUACGAAUGCGUUGUGGAUGUGCUUGCACGGAUGGGCCGGCUCCAGGAGGCCGAGGAGCUCAUGCACGCGAUGCCGUACGAGCCCGAUAGUUUGGCCUGGAUGGCGCUUUUGGGCGCGUGUACAGUCCACGGUGAUCUGGAAAGGGGGGCUCGUACGGCGGGACACGAGGCAUUGUUGGAUUCGGGCAGUGGGCGAUAUGUCUUGCUAUCCAAUAUGUACGCCUCAUGGGAGGAUUGAACGGCCGGGAUCUCCGGGAAUGGACGGUGAUCUCUGACGCUGUUGGAGUAGGAAUAUCUUGGGGAGAUUUUUUCCGAUGUGGAUAAACUCUGUAGCACAGCUGUGAACAAUAUUCGCGAUAAUUGUUUGCCCCUUGCU